AUGACGAACAGCGGUAUCAAGAUCCAGUGCCAGGCCCUAUCCGACCCAAUACCAGGCAAACGAGCAUACUCUUAUGUUCUGCCGCUCAACUGCUCAGAUAUCAAACGGCCGAUUGGUAUCUGGUUACGAACAUGCGGCUCAGAUAGGUUUGCGAGGGAGAACCUAUGGGAGUUUGUCGAGUACAAGACUAUAUACUGGCCGAAGGUGCCAAGAACACGUGUAGCUUGCUGGAAGACCAAGAGCACUCAACAGCGUUAA